GAAAAAAGUUUCUCAUAUUAUUGAUGCGAUUCAGGAUAAGAUAGAAAAUUCUGAUGCAGAAUUAAUAGCCAAUACAUCUGAUAUUACUUUUGAUAAAGCUGAAAUACUUAAGUUAAAUCUUGAACAAUUAUUUACUAAUAACAUAACUUUAUAA